AAGAGAACAUUUGGAGCUGAAUUAACUGCUGUUGUUCCUUGAGCAGAAAUACGACUCUCUGACCUUCCACUAACAGCCAACCUGAGAGCAAAGAGCCAAGAGGCACCUCAAACUUUCCUUUAAUGAGGUAAGAGACUCUUAAUGGUAAACUCAAUAACUGAGUAACAGGUUGAUUGUACAAUGAUAGGUAAAUAAUCUAGAAGGCAUGAGGUCAAAGCAUUGAGCCAACACCCAUUUAGGGCUAGGAGGGAAGAAGGUGUCCAGACACAAUGGCUUUGCUUUCCCAGCUGAUCUCAAGCUCCUGCACAGCCUCAGCCCAACACCGUGACUUCUACCUUCAUCAGCUCCUCCUACCCUCUGGGUAGCACCAAGGCUCCUAAAGCAACAAAUGUCUCCACCUCCUCCACUGAUGUUGGGCGUCGGCCUGGGACAGAGGUUAAGGAUACCUCCCACUGCCUCUUGGCCACCCUGGCUCAUGCCAACCGAGUCCAUGUGGAAGCAACCCCUCUUGGCUGACACAGUCUCUGUCUGCCCCACAGCUGCCACACUUCUUGCCCCUUGCCAGAGAUCUGCCACAUUCUAGGCAACAUUGGAAGCUGUGGGACCUAUGGUGAAGGCACUCUGAAUGGCCAUGAGAAGGAGACCAUGCAGUUCCUGAGUAACCACCUGGCCAACUACCUGGAAAAAGUGUGGCAGCUAGAACAGAAGAACUCGGAGCUGGAGACCCAGAUCCAGGAGUUGAGCAAAUGCCAGGAGUAGGAUGUGUGCCCAGAUUACCAGUCCUACUUCCGAACUAUUGAGGAGCUGCAACAGAAGAUCCUGUGCAGCAAGGCUGAGAAUGCCAGACUGAUCACACACGUUGACAAUGCCAAGCUGGCUGCCAAUGACUUUAGAAUCAAGUAUGAGACAGAGCACUCAGUCUGCCAACUGGCAGAGGCCGACAUCUGUGGCCUGCACAGGGCCCUGGACGACCUUGCCUUCGCCCAGUGUGACCUGGAGGCCCAGCUGGAGUCCCUGAAGGAGGAGCUCCUCUGCCUCAAGAAGAACCAUGAGCAGGUGUUCCACACUCUGAAGUGUCAGCUGGGGGAUAAGCUCCAGAUUGAGAUGGACAUCGAGCCCACUGUGGACCUGGGUACGGUGCUAGGGGAAAUGUGGUGCCAGUAUGAGGCCACGGUGGAGACCAACUGCCAGGAUGUGGAGCAGUGGGUUCAAGUUCAGUCCGAAGUCAUCAGCCUGCAGGCCAUGUCCUGCUCUGAGGAGCUGCAGUGUUGCCAGUCAGAGAUCCUGGAGCUGAAGUGCACUGUGAGCGCCCUGGAGGUUGAGCUCCAGGCUCAGCACAGCCGGUAGAAAGACUGCCUGCAGAACCCCCUGCGUGAAGCCAAAGCCCGCUACGGCACUGAGCUGGCCCUGAUGCAGAGCCUGGUCAGCAAUGUGGGGGAGCAGCUGUCUGAGAUCCGGGCUGACCUGGAAUGGCAGAACCAGGAAUACCAGGUGCUGCUAGAUGUCAGGGCCUGGCUGGAGAGUGAGAUCGCCACAUACCGGAACCUUCUGGAGAGGGAGGUCUGCAAGUAUGUGCCUUGUUUUUUGUGUCAAAGCCGUGUGUAAAAGCAGAGUCCCUUUACUAGGAAUAAGAGGGCUCCUAAGAGGAGCCCUGGAGGCCAGCUGGGGGUGGCAUUGUAGACACCAUCUUUGGGGACAAACUUGGUGCCCAGUAGGCUUGGUGAGCUUAAAGCUGC